AUGGAGAAAAACAAUGUUCUGCAUAUAGUAAUGUUUCCAUGGCUAGCAAUAGGACAUCUUGGACCUUCUCUUCGCCUGGCCAAGAUACUAGCGCGAAAAGGUCAUAAAAUUUCAUUUAUUUCCACCCCAAGAAACAUCCAAAGGCUCCCAAAAAUACCUUCAGAUUUAGUCCAUCUUAUUGAUUUAGUCACCUUUCCAUUACCGCAAGUUGAGAACUUAUCUCCACAUGAAGAAUCUUCGAUGGACAUACCAAACUCGAAAGCCCAGUUCUUGAAAAUAGCCUUUGAUUUACUAAAAUCAGAUUUAUUAACCUUUCUUGAAAAUUCAAGGCCAAAGCCAGAUUGGAUACUAUAUGACUAUGCUUCUUUUUGGUUACCUUCACUUGCAGCUGAGCUUGGUAUUUCAACAGCUUAUCUGUGUCUAUUCAGUGCUGCUUUUAUGGGUUUUCUAGGACCACCUUCAUUUUUGAUGAGUGGGGAGGAUGGAAGAUUAAAAGGUGAAGAUUAUACUGUGGUGCCUAAAUGGGUUCCAUUUGAAUCUGAUGUUGCUUAUCGCCUCCAUGAGGUCAUGAAGAAUUUUGAUGGUGAAUCUGGGAAUGAAUCACGUACAUCUGAUUCAGUAAGAUUUGGCGCUUCCAUAGCUGGAUGUGACUUGGUAUUGAUUAGAACUAGUAUUGAGUUUGAGCCUGAAUGGUUGCAUCUGGUUUCUGAGCUUUACAAGAAACCAGUUGUACCAGUGGGACUUUUGCCACCAUCUAGUAAUGAAUUCGAUUAUGAUGAUGAUGAGUGUGGUUAUAUUAAGGAAUGGCUGGACAAGCAGAAGGUCAAUUGUGUUUUAUAUGUUGCACUAGGGAGUGAGGCAGUGCUGAGCCAGGAGGAAUUGAGUCAGUUGGCUUAUGCAUUGGAGCGCUCUGAGCUGCCCUUCUUUUGGGUCCUAAGAGAGCCUCCCUGGUUGGGGAAUGGAUCACAGCUUCAAGUACUUCCUGAAGGGUUCAUUCAACGAGUCAGAGGUCGAGGGAUCGUUCAUGUUGGAUGGGUUCCACAGGUGAAGAUACUUAGUCAUUCAGCUGUUGGAGGUUUCUUGACUCAUUGUGGUUGGAACUCAGUCAUUGAGGCACUUGGAUAUGGCCGAGUUCUAAUACUUUUUCCAGUAAUGAAUGACCAGGGAAUAAAUGCUAGGCUUUUGAACAGAAAAAAAGUUGGUUUUGAAAUUCCUAGGAACGAGAAAGAUGGAACAUUCACAAUUGACUCAGUUGCAGAUUUGUUGAGAAUGGCUAUGGUGAGUCAAGAGGGCGAAUCAGUGAGGAACAAUGCAAAAGAGAUCAAGGACUUAUUUGCAGAAGGGGUCGAGAAUGACAAAUACAUAGCAAAUUUUGUAUCACAACUUGAAAGUAUUAGGGCCUCCCAUCUAAUGUAAUGAACAAAUAUAAUGAAAGUAAAGCAAAUACAUGUACGCUUAAGAAACUA